CGAGGUGAACAGCAGACUUUGGUAUGAGAUAAUUGGGUAUUUAAAAGACGAGGAGAGGAUUAGUUCCCAAUGAAGUCAGUCCACAUCAUCUUGAUGCAGAGAGAAAUUAGUGAAAUUGUAACAAGAAAUUGAAAGGUGUUGUUUUGAGGGGUGGGGGACAAAUGGGAUCAGUGUUUUUCGCUGCAAUCUGCCUGAUGCUGGCUGUGCUUUACUCCAGGGCAGUAUUGGCUCAGUUCCCCCGGGUGUGUAUGCAACCAGAGAUGCUGCGAAGUGGAGAGUGUUGCCCAGGUCCGAGUUCGGACCCCGCUGACCGCUGCAGCUCCAGCCGGGGACGGGGUUCUUGCGUUGAGUUAGGGGCCGAUUCGGCCCCUCACGGUCCCCAGUACCCCCACGAUGGUCUGGACGAGCGGGAGCGCUGGCCCCUGCGCUUCUUCCGCCGCGGCUGUCGCUGCGCUGCGAAUUUCGCCGGUUCCGACUGCAGCCUGUGCCGUCCGGGCUGGAGUGGGGUCGACUGCCGGAGCCCGGCUCUGCCGCUGCGCCGCCGUCAGGAUGUGCUGAGCCUGAGUGACACCAACAGGAGGCGCCUUGUCCGUGCCCUGCACCUCGCCAAGGUCACCCCUCACCCUGAGCUAGUAAUCGUUAUCCGCCACCCUGGCAACCUGAGCGCCGGGCAACUGCCCCCUUUCCAGAACAUCUCUAUUUACAACCUGUUCGUCUGGAGCCACUAUUACUCAGUCAGUAAAACCUACCUGGGCGAGGGUCGCACCUUCGGGGGCAUCGACUUCUCCCAUGAGGGGCCUGCCUUUCUCACCUGGCACCGCUACCAUCUACUGCAACUAGAACAAGACAUGCAGGUGAUGCUGCAGGACCCCACAUUUUCACUUCCAUACUGGAAUUUUGCCACAGGGAGAAAUACCUGUGACAUCUGCACUGAUGACCUAAUGGGAGCUAGAAACAAUUUUGACCCAACCUUAAUAAGUCCGAACUCGAUCUUUUCCCAAUGGCGUAACCUCUGUGAAAGUUUGGAAGACUACGAUACUCUGGGAACUAUCUGCAAUGAUACUGAGGGUGGUCCUAUCCGACGGAAUCCAGGAGGGAAUGUUGCUAGACCAAUGGUGCAGCGUCUCCCUGAUGCUCAGGACGUAGCAAAAUGUUUAGAAGUAUCUGAUUAUGAUACACCACCUUUCUACUCCAAUUCCGAAAAUAGCUUCCGAAACACAGUGGAAGGUUAUAAUGAUCCUUCAGGACUGUAUGAUCCAGCAGUUCGCAGUUUACAUAAUUUGGCACAUUUAUUUCUUAAUGGAACUGGUGGACAAACCCACUUGUCUCCGAAUGACCCUAUCUUUGUUUUACUGCAUACAUUUACUGAUGCAAUCUUUGAUGAAUGGUUGAAGAGGAGUAAAGCAGAUUUAUCAGCCUUUCCAUUUGAAAAUGCUCCCAUAGGACAUAAUCAAGAGUACAAUAUGGUUCCUUUUUGGCCUCCAGUCACCAAUGCAGAAAUGUUUGUGCCUGCAGAAAAUCUUGGCUACACCUAUGACAUUCAAUGGCCAAAUCAGCCACUUUCGUUGCUGGAGAUGAUAACUGUGGGGAUCAUAUCUGCUCUAUGUUUGGUUGCUAUUGUUUUCACAAUCUCCACGCUACUUUUACGCCGCAGAAGAAGAAAACUGUCAGCAAGUGAACUGAACCAACCUCUCUUACAGACUCCAUAUCCACAUUACUCUGAUUAUGAUGCACCAACGGUGCCCCAAAAAGCAGCACCAUCAAUCUGAAUUUCUGUUUGUGCUUUCCUUCCAGCAUAUUGGCUUGGUAUGAAAAAUACUGAUUUCAUGUAACUAGUUGUGUGCAAAUGUAUCUGAAUUGUUCAGAUCAAAGACAAACUGGAAGGAUGCUUUACAAUUUCUAAUCUUUGUAAUGAAAAUGGUUGUUUCUGGCCUAUAAAUGGAAGCUGUAAUGGUUUUUAAUUUAAAACUCAAAGUUUGAGAACUUUGUGGUUGACAAAUCUAACUUUUCUGCUAAAUUGAUUGACAAAAACUUUGACUUCAAUAAACACACUAACCACCAUGAAAUUAAUAUUGCUGUUAUCAUCAAAUAAAAUGACCCUUUGAAAUAGGA